AUGAACACGUGGAAGAUCCCCAGAAAACUUUUUGACGAAAUUCAGAAGCCUGGGUCUUUUCCAAAAUUUUCAUUCUUCGAAGAGGCCCAAAGGUUGCAUAUCGGGUUCAGAUGGUCGUCAGCGCCUGGAUCUUAUUUUAUCCUUCUUGGCUCAAUGUUCUCUGUCAAUACUCUCCGCUAUGGUGGCAUUAACGAGCCCAUUUCUCAGUUCCGCGGAGUCUUUUCUCAUCGGGGCGUUCUUACACCCAUGUGGAACGGCGAUGUGAUGAAGAGCGGAGAAGACCUUUUUGGCUGCUGGGAAGGCUCACCGUUAAGAUUGGUUGUCAUGAUGCUGAACCAGUGCGAAAAACAUCUUGAGAGAUCCAUUCAGCAGCAGGCUGAGAAGGUCGAGGAGAUACAAAGCCUUCUAUCUUCUCAAGAGGCAAAAUCUUCUGGCUCUCCCGGGCUCCACACUCGACACAGAGAUCUCACCACUUCAAUCUUCACACUGAGAAACUCCUGCCGUAACCUCAUGGAGAUCUGUUCUGGGUUCGUCACCGCUUUCAAGGCUUCCCUCUCGUCCAAGCACGUCGGUGAUAAUCGCCUGGGAAAUUUGAGGUCUCUGCGCGACGGCAUCGAGAGAAUACACUCCCGACUGAAGUUUCAACUCAACAGGAUCCAUUACCUCGAGAACAUACACAUUCAGUCCACGAAGAGCAUGGCUGCGUUGAAGCAACUCAUGUUGUUGAAUAAAAGUCGCUAA